CUCCACACUCUCAAGUCUCAACACAGCAGCUACGUCGACUGAUCGGAGCUACACGAGACGCAAGCUGACACCGUCGGUACAUGCGUCUGCUCCACCGAUCUACCAUGGUCGGCGGAGCCUGCGGGGGCGGUAGGGCGCUCCGGAGAGUCGACAGCGCCCCGAGGCCGACGCUGUGCAGGAGCGACGCCAUGAAGAAGCAGAAGAAGAGGAGCAAGCGGUCCAGGCUCUCCGCCGCGCUGCGGGAGCUCAAGCUGGCCGCCAAGGCGAGGGACAAGGACGGCCUCCUGCAGAUCCUCGUCACCGGGCACCGCGCUAGCCGCGACGACGGCGCAGCCGGCGGAACAUCGACGGUGGCCGACACGGGUGCCGAACAGCACGCUCAGCCCUGGACGCAGGGAGGCGGCGCCGAUGCUGCCCCGAAAACCGGCGUCGAUCCACUUCUCGACUCCGGGAGGCCGGUGCCAUCCGGGGGAGCCCGCGGUCGGCGUUGCGCGAGCUGGGUGCUGGCCGCGGCGUUCGUGUUCGCCCUCGCGUGCGUGGUGGCGCUCGGGACGGCGCCGGCAAUCUGCUGCUGCACCUGCGCCGCCUGGCUGUGCGGCGGCCGCGCCGCCCAGGAGCAUGCAUCAGACUCAGCCUGCGCCGUCCUAAGGCUGAGGGGCUCCUGCCGUGGCCGCGCCACGAGAGCGAUAGUACAACCACAAGUCGGUAGUAGCACGCUGUACAAGGCAGAGGUCGCCGGUGGGUGA